AUGCCAAGAGAUGACCCAAUCACCGAAGAAGAGCGCCGAGCAAACUCUGCCACGGAUUUAAUUCGAAUGCGUCUCGAGAGAUUACAGCAAAACAUCGAUAAACCUGCACCAAUCCCCACUAAGAAGGAAACUUUGCGAGCUCCGAAAGCGCCACUGGAAUUCGUUCGAAAUGUAGUUGGAUCAUCAGCUGCCGCUGGAAGUGCCGAAUUUCACAUUUAUAGAAAUAAUCGGCGAAAAGAGCAGAAUCGUCUCGACUACAUUGACGCAGUGGCUAAGAAAGAAGAAUUAGAUGAAGCAUAUCGCCAAAAAGUUAACAAGCUGGAAGAAGAAGAACAGUUGAAAACAGCCAAGAAACGAGCAAAACGAUUGAGACAGAAAGAAGCCGCGAAAAAGAGAAAGAUGGCGAAAAAAGAAAAGGAUUCGGAUGACAGCUCUUCAGAUGAUUCGGACGACUCAAAUUCAGAUUCAGAUGAUGAUGAUGAUUCAGAAAAAGAAAGAAAAACAGAAGAAGAGCAAGGCACGGAAGGAUUGGAAGAAGAAAAAACAGGAGAACAGAAAAAUGAAGAACCUAUAAUUUCCGCAUAA